AUGCAAGCUCUAACUCGGCUCAUUAACUUCCUUGUAGAAAUUGGCGUGCCAGUAAGAGAAGAGGCAGCUACUGAGGAGGCUGAAAUGGGGAACGCGCAGAGAAAGUUUCAUAGCAAAGGAGGUGGCAGUAAGGCGGAGGACAGAGAGACACAGAAGCAGAAGGAAUCCACUGAGAGCGGAUUAAAAAAAGGCACAUCAGAGGAAAACUCACAAAAGCAUUUGUCAGACCAUGAAGGUGAAGUUAAUGGCUACUUACACAGUGAUCAAAAGAGUGAAAGCCCUGCAGCUGAGAUCAGAUCGCAUGGAGCAGGGUCGCAGACGGCUGGUGGUGGCAGUUCUACUUCACUUCCUCCUACUGCAGCAAAACUAAAAAGUGAAGGAAACGACUUAUUUAAGAGUGGACAGUUUGGAGAAGCUGUGCUCAAAUACUCGGAAGCAAUUGAAUAUGUCAUCGGUUUAGGAGAACAAAGUCCAGAUGAUUUAAGUAUCUUGUACUCAAACAGAGCAGCGUGUCACCUCAAAGAAGGCAACUGCAGUGACUGCAUUCAGGAUUGUAACAGAGCUCUGGAGCUUCAGCCAUUUUCCCUUAAGCCACUUCUACGACGAGCAAUGGCAAAUGAGUCUAUGGAGCGGUAUCGACAGGCAUACAUUGAUUAUAAAACAGUCCUACAAAUAGACAGCAGCAUCCAAGCAGCAAAUGAUAGUGCUAAUAGAAUAACAAAGACUUUAAUAGAUCAGGAUGGUCCCAGUUGGAGGGAGAAACUGCCACCAAUGUCAGUUGUCCCAGUUGCUGCUAAGCUACACAGGUGGGAUGGAGGAGACUUUACUUCAGAGAAUAAGCCAAGAAGUACUACAGAUACCAACAGAGAAGAACAGUUGCAGAUGAAUUGUGAGAAAGCUGAGGAGAAGUUCAAGACAUUAAAAAAUGAAGGGAAUGAUUUUGUAAAAGAGGGUAAAUAUGAAGAAGCUGUAAAUAAAUACAGCGAAUGCAUGAAGUUAAAUACCAAGGAAUGUACGAUCUACACUAACAGAGCUCUCUGUUACUUGAAACUGUAUAAAUAUGAAGAGGCUAAGCAGGAUUGUGAUCAUGUUCUUCAGAUAGAAGAUUCUAAUAUUAAAGCUUUUUAUAGAAGAGCACUAGCGUACAAAGGAUUACAGAAUUAUCAGGCCAGCGUUGACGAUUUCAACAGAGUACUUCUAAUAGAUCCAAAUGUUCUUGAAGCAAAGAAGGAACUAGAGGAGGUAACCCAGCUGCUUAACCUUGACAGCAGUGCUGUGGUUGGUGGUCAGCAAAAGCAAAGGAAGAAAAUAACCAUACAAGAGGUGACUGAAUCUGAUGAGCAGGAAGAGAGACAGUUUGUUACAUCAGAAGAUGCUGUGACUGAUCAUGUUACUAUUAAGGAACCAGUUCAAGAGUGUGUGCCACUGAAGACCUCUGAGAAACUGCACAUUUCUGAACCAUCUAAUGCUUAUGACUUUGGUCAGAUUAUAAACGCAGUGAAUAUCAAUAAGGAUAAAGCUGCUUGUGCAGAUCUUUUAACAAUUACUGAUCCAAAAAAAUUGCCAAUGCUGCUAAGUAACAAACUUGAAGGAGAAAUCCUUUUGAUCUUUAUCCAGUCAUUGGAAUAUUAUGUACUUGGAAAAGAUCCUGGCCUUGUAUAUCAGCACCUUUUCUACUUGAGCAAAGCAGAAAGAUUUAAGGUGGUGCUGGCCCUUCUUAGCAAAAACGAAAAAGAACAGUUUUUUUUACUUUCAGAAAACCAGAAUCAUCAGUACUCUUUGGAAGAUCUUGAGAGCCUUAAAAAGGUUUAUGAGCUUUAA